AUGGGAGAAUGUCAAUAUUAUAUUUUCCGUCAUCCAUGGGUACCAGCAUAUCAAGGUGUGAUAACAUUUUUUGUAAUAGCAAAUUUCACUUUAGCCACAUUUAUGGAUCCAGGAAUUAUUCCGAAAGCUCCACCAGAUGAGGAUCGUGAAGAAGAAUUUCGUGCACCAUUAUAUAAAAAUGCCGAAAUUAAUGGUAUUACAGUACGAAUGAAAUGGUGUGUAACAUGUAAAUUUUAUCGACCACCCAGAUGUUCACAUUGUUCAGUAUGCAAUCACUGUAUAGAAACUUUUGAUCAUCAUUGUCCAUGGGUCAAUAAUUGCAUUGGACGAAGGAACUACCGAUUUUUUUUCUUUUUCCUCAUAUCAUUAUCGAUACAUAUGUUAAGCAUAUUUUCGUUAUGCUUAUAUUAUGUUUUAAAACAUAAAAAUAAUUUAACGGAAACAGCACCAAUAGUAGCUAUGUGUUUAAUGGGUAUUGUCACAGUAUUAUCAAUACCUAUAUUUGGUUUAACCGGUUUUCAUAUGGUGUUAGUAUCAAGAGGGCGAACUACGAACGAACAAGUAACUGGUAAAUUUAAAGGUGGUUAUAAUCCAUUUUCAAAAGGUUGUUGGCAUAACUGUUGUUAUACACAAUUUGGACCACAAUAUCCUAGUCUGUUAAAACCUGAAAAAUAUGCAGCUAGAAGAUCAAAUAAAGAAAAUCAAGCAAUUAGUACGAUAACAAGUGAAAGAGACGGUAGUGGCUGUGGCCGUAAUCAAAAUUCUGGUAAUUCAAAUCGAACGAUGGGUGGUAAUGGACAUCAUCCGGGAGCACAAAAUUCAACUGGAGCACAACAAUCAAUAUAUGACAGGGAUCAUACACAGGUAAAAACUUAUAUGGACCGUGGAAAUGGGUAUAAUCAACGCUCUGGAAGCGGCACGCAUUAUAGUAAGCUAUCGCCAAGAGACUGUUCCGAUACUGAUAUGGAACCUCAAGCAUCACAAAGCCAAGAUUGUGAGCCAACACCGCCACUUCAACGGCAUAAUUCAAGUAAUUUUUAUUUACCACAAAUUGAAAAUAAUCCUGGUGGUGCUAUAAGCAAUGGCGGACAGAAUAAUGGUACUGGAGGUGGUGGUGGUGGCGGGGAUUCACCACGACAUAUGAGAAUAUAUCACCCAAGACAUAGUCCUCAUACAAGACCUAGGGGCUUAGAUCCACAACGUGUGUAUAAUGCAGAUGCUCUAUCUCCUGAUCAUCCAACACAUCCGAAUCAAGUUGGUAUGAUUAUUGGACAAAAUCGUACAACGACGGCUACACCAACUAUGCAACAAAGAAUAAAAGCUUUAGGAGUUGCUACUCCACUUGCAAUGUCUAGUCCUGUGAGAAGAUCAAAUCCUGGUACACCUACACAACCGAGACGACCUGAUUUUAUAGGUGUAAUGAACUUAAAUCAGCAACAACAGCAACAGCAACAACCUCCACAACAAACGACACAAAUUUAUUAUGAAUAUCCAACAGGUCUUCCACCACAACAUCCGCAAAUGCCAUUGAUACAGCAGCAACAACAACAAAUGUUACAUCAUAACGGUAUACCAGGCAGAGGUGGUGGUAUUAUAAUGCAACAUCAGCAAACAUUACCACAAAAUAUACCACAAUAUGGUAGUCCACAACGUAGAUUUUUAUCUGAAGGUGAAUUAGUAAGGCAAGGCAAUGAAUUGUCAUAUGCACGAACAAAUAACACUGUAGAUAAUAUUAGAGAAUUAGCUGGUAGCCCACAGCGUGGUGUUUAUAUGUGGAAAGAUACAUCACCUGGUUUUAGUAACAGUAGUAAUAAUAGCAAUCAUCAACAAAAUACAAGUAGUAGUGCUGGCACUAUAUUAAAUCAUCAACCACCACCACAAUUUAUGAUAUCAACUGCUGGUGGUGGUCAACAACAUCCAUUAUUAUCAAGAGCACCACCACAAAUAUUAGAAUAUCAACAACAGCAACAACAACAACAAUAUGAUAUACAUCAUCAUAGAUCGAAUCCAACAAGUCCAACAAUAAUACAACAACAACAGCAACAACAACCAUAUAUAUUGAGAUAUCCUGGUGGUGUUGCCCCCGGUGGUUUAAUAAGUGGAGCACCUGGUCAAGGAUUAAAUAUUAAUGCGCAACAAUCACAAAAUCAAUUAUUAGGAAAUUCAUUGUUAGUUAGUGGCAAUAACACAAAUGGCUGUAAUACAUCUGUUCAAAAUAUUGUUACUAGUGUUGGGAGUGGUAUUGGAAUUUGUACAAAUGCAAAUAGUAGUAGUAGUAGUAGUAGUGGUGGUGGUAGUGGUUAUCAACCAGCAUUACGUGGUGGUGUACCAGUUUUCCCUCCAAUGCCAAUGCAAACCCAACCAUCACCACAAAUAAAACGUAAACAAACACCAACACGUCCAAUGUCAUUUGUACGUGCAUUAGAAAUGACUGAUUCAAUGGAAAUGCAACAAAUGGAUCAACAUCAACAUCCGCAUCCGCAUUCACAACCGCAACAACAAUCAUCAGCAGAUUUAUCAUCGUCAUCUUCAUCAUCAAUAAUUAGAAAUAAUGGUGGUAUUGGAAUUACCACAACUGGUAUAUUAAGUAAUAGUAAUUCAAGCAGUCUAAAUAGCUCGCAACAACAAUUACAACAAUCACAACAGCAAAAUCAACAGCAACAACAAGGUAGAUCAACAACGCCCACCCCAGAUCGAACUAGUGUUUAUGAUAUGAAUUAUGAAAUUUCUGUAUAACACGUUUUAAUUAAAUGUAUUAAUUAAAAACAGAAUACUGAAUAUAAAAAAAAAAUUUAGGCAGCAUAGAAAUUUUCUUUGUAUUACAAUAAAAGUACAUUAAGUAUAAAUAUAAAAUAUUUAAAGAUUUUUUAAUUUAAUAAAAAUUUGGUAAAAAUAUAACAAAAAAGAAAAUAGAAAAUAUCUAGGAGAAAGAGGAAAAUAAUUUUUAUAAUAAAAAAUUAAAAAAAUGUUAAAUUAAACGUUACCUUUAAUAUUUUUUUAUCCUUUAAAGUAAGCUAGAUAUUUUCUUUUCAUUCAUAAAAAACAAACGAGGAUCACAAUAAAGAACAGAUACGUUAUUCUAAUUUUGAAAAAUAAAAUUGAACUUAUUAUGUGCUACAAUGAAAUACAUAUAUUAAAUAUAUCCAGUAUCAAUUUCAUUGUCAAAUCAAAUCAAAUUGAAUCAAAAAAUGUUUAAGCAUUUGACGAACACAAAUCUUUGUUGUAGCACUAAUUUUAGAACCAAUUACUAUUAUUAGUUUAGAACAGAUUACUAUAUUGAGUUUUACAAUUUUAUAUACAUAUACAUACAUGUAUAUAUUUCAAAAAAUUCAUGUUCUAUUAGGUUUAAAAUUUAUAUUUCCAAUUUUACUUUAUAAUACACAUAAACAUUUUUUGACAAAUUUUUUAA